GAGCUCCAGUAGCUGACAGAGCUUCACCUGAACUGAUCAACGCUGCAACAAGACGCUGCCCUUCACUGAAGCCGCUGCAACAUGGCUCUGAGCACACUGCUGGCCACCUUACUGUGCACCAUCGUGCUUCCCAUCCUGCUGUUUCUGGUGGCGGUGAAGCUCUGGGAGGUUUACAUGAUCCGAGGCAGAGACCCGAGCUGCCUCAGCCCGCUGCCCCCCGGAUCCAUGGGGUUACCUUUCAUUGGAGAGACGCUGCAGCUCAUCCUCCAGAGGAGAAAGUUCCUGCGGAUGAAGCGGCAAAAGUACGGAUACAUCUACCGCACACACCUCUUCGGGAACCCCACGGUGCGCGUGACAGGAGCGGACAACGUCAAGCAGAUUCUGCUGGGGGAGCACAGGCUCGUGUCCGUGCAGUGGCCCGCGUCUGUGCGCACCAUCCUGGGCUCGGACACGCUGUCUAACGUACACGGAGCCCUGCACAAGACCAAAAAGAAGGCCAUCAUGCGGGCCUUCUCUAGGACGGCUCUGGAGCUCUACAUCCCCGUCAUCCAGGAGGAGGUGCGGGCUUCGGUGAAGGAGUGGCUGGCGAAGGACUCUUGUGUGCUGGUCUACCCGGAGAUGAAGCGGCUUAUGUUCCGUAUAGCCAUGAGGAUCCUGCUGGGCUUUGAGCCGGAGCAGAUCAAGACUGACGAGCAGCAGCUGGUGGAAGCCUUUGAGGAAAUGAUCAAGAAUCUGUUUUCUCUGCCCAUCGACGUGCCCUUCAGCGGACUGUACAGGGGUCUGAAGGCGAGGAACUUCAUCCACGCCAAGAUCGAGGAGAACAUCAAGAAGAAGGUGCAGGAGUCAGACAGGGGGUCCAGUCACAGAGACGCUCUGCAGCAGCUCAUAGACAGUAGCAGGAAGAACGGAGAGCCCAUCAGCAUGCAGGCCAUUAAGGAAUCUGCUACAGAGCUGUUGUUCGGGGGCCAUGAAACCACAGCCAGCACAGCCACCUCUCUAAUCAUGUUCCUGGGCCUGAACCCUGAAGUUUUGGACAGACUGAGGCAGGAACUAAUGGACAAGGGGAUGGACAUCCAGAACCUGAACAUCGAGUCCUUAGAGCAGUUAAAAUACGCCGGCUGUGUCAUUAAAGAGACCCUGAGGCUCAACCCUCCUGUCCCUGGAGGCUUCAGAGUGGCCCUCAAGACCUUUGAACUCAAUGGUUACCAAAUUCCCAAAGGCUGGAACGUCAUCUACAGUAUCUGUGACACCCACGAUGUGGCAGAGAUCUUCCCCAACAAGGAAGACUUCCAGCCAGAGCGCUUCAUGACUGAAUUCUCAGGCGACUCCUCCAGGUUCCAGUACAUCCCGUUCGGAGGGGGCUCCAGGAUGUGCGUGGGGAAGGAAUUUGCCAAAGUGCUGCUGAAGAUCUUCCUGGUGGAAGUGGUCACACAGUGUCACUGGACUCUUUUAAACGGGCCGCCCACCAUGAAAACUGGACCUACUCUCUAUCCUGUGGACAAUCUGCCAACCAAGUUUACCAGCUAUGUACAAAAUUAAACUGACGAGGGGUUGUUUACUGAAUCAGUGUGUUUUACCU